AUGGAGACCGACGCGCCUGCUGCCCCACCGGUAGAGAUGUGGGAGGACAUACCGGAGGAUAUUAGAGCUGCUACACCGGAGGAGAUUAUGACCCGGAUGCGGUUGAUUGAGAAUGAUAUCAAGGUAAUGCGCUCUGAGACUCAGAGGUUACAGCACGAACAAUCGACCAUGCGUGAGAAGAUCAAGGAGAAUGGAGACAAGAUUAAGCAGAAUAAGGUCUUGCCGUAUCUCGUUGGCAACGUCGUUGAGAUAUUGGAGAUGGACCCAGAGGGCGAGGAGGACGGAGCGGCGCAGGAUGCGGACAGUCAAAGGAAAGGACAUUGCGCGGUUAUCAAGACAAGUACACGACAGACUAUCUUCCUCCCUCUUAUCGGCCUGGUUCCUCAUUCUCAGCUCAAGCCCGGUGACCUGAUCGGCGUGAACAAAGACUCCUAUCUCGUUCUCGCCACCCUCCCCGCAGAAUACGACAGCCGUGUCAAAGCCAUGGAAGUCGACGAACGGCCGACAGAACAGUACACGGAUAUCGGAGGGUUGGACAAGCAGAUCGAGGAGCUUGUUGAGGCGAUCGUCCUACCGAUGAAGCAUGCGGAGAAGUUCAAGACGCUGGGAAUUACGCCACCAAAGGGUGUGCUGAUGUACGGCCCUCCGGGAACCGGAAAGACGCUGCUGGCUAGGGCUUGUGCUGCGCAGACGAACGCAUGUUAUCUGAAGCUGGCAGGUCCUUCUUUGGUGCAGAUGUUCAUUGGUGACGGUGCCAAACUUGUUCGUGAUGCGUUCGAGCUCGCGAAGGAGAAGGCCCCCGCAAUCAUCUUUAUCGAUGAGUUGGAUGCCAUCGGAACAAAGCGAUUCGACAGCGACAAGUCUGGUGAUCGUGAAGUGCAGCGGACGAUGUUGGAGCUGCUCAACCAGCUCGACGGGUUCUCAUCCGACGAGCGGAUCAAAGUCAUCGCCGCUACCAACCGUAUCGACAUCCUCGACCCCGCGCUGCUGCGUUCUGGCCGUCUUGACCGCAAGAUCGAGUUCCCUCUCCCGAACGAGACAGCCCGGGCGCGUAUCCUCGAGAUCCACUCACGUAAGAUGGCCGUCGGCUCCGACGUCAACUUUGAAGAGCUUGCACGGAGCACGGACGAGUUCAACGGCGCUCAGCUUAAGGCUGUUUGCGUCGAAGCGGGUAUGAUUGCACUGAGGGAAGGCGCGACGCAGCUCAACCACGAGCACUUCCAUUCCGGUAUCGCAGAGGUGCAGAGCAAGAAGAAGAACGACCUGAUGUACUUUGUAUAG